CAGAUCUAGAUCAAUCGAGGACAUUUUUUUUUUACCUGAGUUGAUAUCAUACGUAUCAUGGCCUGGACAGCAUUACCAAAGACGAAAGAUCAAUUAAAGGAGAAAAACUUGAAGUUACGUAAAGAAUUAGACGACCUACGUCGACAGUAUGAAGUUAACGUGUACAGUGUUAUUGAGAAUCUGAAGACGCAGUAUUACCGGACAAAACUGGACCCCUGUCGCUAUGAAAGGCUGAAAGAAAGCAUCAAAGAAGCUACGAGUGAUGAGAACUUAGAACAAACUGAUGUCGUUCCAGGGAAAGAUAUAUCUGAACCCGUCGUCGGAUUUGUGGAAAGUAGUCGGGAAUUAGCUGAACGGAUGAAAAGGAGUGCGCAACACGAGAGAGAAAUCUCAAACAUGCAAAAAACGGAAAUUGAAGUUCAGAUCGAAGAUCUAAACCGCCACAUUCAACGUUACGACAGCAGAUUUAAACGGGCACACAACAAGCUGCGCGCGCUCAGACGGGAAUAUGGCGAUUCCAAACGGCACCUACCUCCAGAACGCUACCGUCUGCUAAAGAGAAUGAUUAAAACUGUUAUAAAAGACAGCGAACUGACACCAGAUUGAUUAAGAUGAUUUUUGGGUGGUGGGGAGGGGCGGUGGCUCCAAACUGGAGCAGUAAUAACAGUAACAGUCCUGCUGGUACAUGGAUUAUUUAUUGCUAUUUUCUCGAUUGUUAUUUCCAACGGCUGACGAGUAACCAGUUGCUAUAACGUAACGACUCCACAAUCGUUAUAUAUUUACUAGUAUACAAAUGUAUUGGGUUCCUUAUAAAUCUGUCAGUAUAUUCUUUAAUUGGUAAAAAAAAAUAAAGCAGAAUUUGAAGUUGUGUUUUUUGCUAGUAGGCUAUAUGCUAGAGUAUGACAAUUCAUGACUUCUCCCACUAUGCUAUAUUAUUUAUCAGU